AUGUCCCAAGAAGAUGAUGAGGAAGAAGUGAUGGAGGAAGAAGAAGUAGAAGAAGAAGAAGACGUACAAGCCGACGUGGCCAAAGCCAAAGCCGACGCCAAAGCGAAACGUCGAGCACCUCGCGGCGAAGAGCGAAAAAAGAGACCCCCAAGACGCACACAGACUCCAGGAGGUUCCGAUGAUUACUUGAAACGAACAUCACGACUUUCCGAUAAUCCAAAAAAUCUGGAAAAAGAUGCUGCGGCUGCUCAAGAUGGCAAAUGA